UCUCCCUCCCCCAACCGAACAAUAAAAUAGUAAAAAAAAAAAAUCAAAAAAAUGAAAAAAUCAUACACAAAACUUGAUCGAGUACGGUUCAUGGCAGCAGCAAAUUUGCCCCUCGCUGCCUCCUCACUUGCUCAAUCGUCGUCAAUCUCUUGGAAAAACCUGAACCCUUGAGAAAAUAUCCAAAUCCUCUUGAGAAGUAAGCAGGGAGGAACCUUCAAGCUCCCGGACAAAAAAAAAAAAAAAGAAAAAAAAAAGAAAAAAAGAGAGGAGCUCGAUGUCGAUGCUCCGCGUGUCCUUCAUAUCUCGCCGCCACCUGCUCUCUUCCCCUUCCUGCUUCCGCCGAAGAAUGAGCACCGACCCGAAGGAGGCGGCGACCCGGCUGAGGGAUUCUGGGCUGUUGAGGAGCCAAGGGUUUGUUGGUGGCAAAUGGGUUGAUGCGUGUGAUGGAAAGACCUUUGAGGUGCGAAAUCCUGCUACCGGUGAUGUUAUAACAAAUGUUGCAAGAAUGGGAAAGAAGGAAACUUCAGAUGCAAUAUCGUCGGCUUAUAGUACUUUCAACUCAUGGAGCAGGCUUACUGCAAACGAAAGGAGCAAGUGUCUUAGAAAAUGGUAUGACCUAAUGAUUGCUCACAAGGAGGAACUUGCGCUACUUAUCACAUUGGAGCAAGGGAAACCUCUAAAGGAGGCGCUUGGUGAGGUUACCUAUGGUGCCAGCUUUAUUGAAUUUUUCUCUGAGGAGGCAAAACGUGUAUACGGUGACAUCAUUCCUCCUACACUCUCUGAUCGCCGACUGUUGGUGUUAAAACAGGCAACCCAUUUUUCCUUUGUAAUUAACAUUGCAUCCAUCAUGUAUUUGUCAAUGAUGGAUGUAGAUUUUUCUUGUGUAUAUGAAUUUCUUUCCUUCCAAGAGUAUUUCUCUUGUCUAAUCACGUGGAACUUUCCUUUGGCCAUGAUUACACGAAAGGUGGGUCCUGCCUUGGCUUGUGGGUGCACGGUGGUGGUUAAGCCAUCUGAAUAUACACCCCUCAGUGCAUUAGCUGCAGCGGAGCUAUCUAUUCAAGCUGGAAUACCUCCUGGUGCAUUGAAUGUGGUCAUGGGAAAUGCUUCAGAUAUUGGUGAUACUUUACUUGAGAGCACACAGGUAAGGAAGCUCACGUUUACUGGAUCAACUGCUGUUGGGAAGAAGUUAAUAGCAGGUUCAUCAAGUACAGUUAAAAAGGUUUCCAUGGAACUCGGUGGUAAUGCACCCUGCAUUGUCUUUGAUGAUGCAGAUUUGGAUUUAGCAGUAAAAGGAAGUCUUGCUGCAAAAUUCCGUAAUAGUGGGCAGACAUGUGUUUGUGCGAACAGAAUCUUGGUGCAAGAAGGCAUCUAUGAAAAAUUUGCAAAUGCUUUUGCAACGGCUGUUCAAGAUUUGCAAGUUGGAAAUGGCCUAGCUGAGGGUAUAUCUCAGGGUCCCUUAAUUAAUGAAGCUGCUGUGGAAAAGGUUGAGAAAUUGGUCAAGGACGCAACUUCUAAGGGAGCGAAUGUUAUUCUCGGGGGAAGGAGGCACAGCCUCGGCAUGUCAUUUUAUGAGCCUACUAUACUCAGCAAUGUUAGCAAUAAUAUGCUUAUUUCAAGAGAGGAAGUGUUUGGUCCAGUUGCACCUCUUUUGCCUUUUAAAACUGAAGAAGAAGCUAUCAAGAUCGCCAAUGACACCAAUGCAGGUCUAGCCGCUUACAUAUUUACAAAAAGCAUACCUCGAUCUUGGCGUGUAUCUGAAGCUCUUGAAUAUGGACUAGUUGGUGUUAAUGAAGGCCUAAUUUCUACUGAGGUGGCACCAUUUGGAGGGGUCAAACAGUCUGGCCUUGGACGAGAAGGUUCCAAAUAUGGAAUGGAUGAAUUUUUGGAAGUCAAAUAUGUGUGCAUGGGAAACUUGAAUGCGAAAGAGUAAGCUUAUUUGAAGCUUACAAAUGCUCUGUAAAGAAGCUGUAGCCUAUAGCCAAGGGUUAAAUAUCUACAUCAGGGGUCUUUUGGGAGAGUGUACACUUUUGAGCUGUGGCAUAAUCGAGUAAAAAUAAAGGAGUAAUUCCUGAGAAUAAGUUCUCCUUUGUGUGGUAAUUGUGUUGAAGACCAGAACAUGUUACCUUCCUGAUUGUAAAUUAUAAGGAGUGCUUUCUCAUAAUAAAUUAUGAAAAUUUAUAUUAGCACGGCAUCUGCAGUUACUGUAUCAGUUUUCGAGAAUAAUAUUUAUUUUCUAUG